GCAGGCUUGGAAGAAGGAGCCAAACAAAGGGAGGCCGGGCGCCAGGAGGGUCUCUUUCCUCCUCCUCCUCCUCCUCUACUUUGGGGAGAAGGUCCUUUCUCGGCCUUUUCCAAGGGGUUGGCUGCAGGUGGGAUGGGGCUGGUGGAGCUCCAGGGCGGGCGGGAGGGAAGAAGAGCCCCCUCCUGAGGAAGGAAGACCUUUUGUUGGCCUGAGCCUCCUCCUCGUCCUCCUCCGCCAUGGCCAUCGCCCACAUCGCCACCGAGUACGUCUUCUCGGACUUCCUCCUGAAGGACACCGCGGAGUCCAAGUUCAAGGGGCUGCGGCUGGAGCUGGCCGUGGACAAGCUGGUCACCUGGAUCUCCGUCGGGCUGCCUCUCCUCCUCAUCUCGCUGGCCUUCGCCCAGGAGAUCUCCAUAGGUACACAGAUGAGCUGUUUUUCUCCGACCUCGUUUUCUUGGCGCCAAGCUGCUUACGUGGACUCUUUCUGCUGGGCAGCCGUACAGGAAAGACAGCUUUCCCAGAGCGACUCGGGACAUCUUCCACUCUGGCUUCACAAAUUUUUCCCCUACAUCCUUCUGCUGCUCGCAAUCUUGCUGUACCUGCCAUAUCUCUUCUGGCGUUUCAUGGCAGCACCCCACCUCUUCUCAGACCUGAAAUUUAUUAUGGAAGAGCUUGACAAGGCCUAUAACAGAGCAAUCAAAGCUGCAAACAGCUGCUCUAAUGGUGAUUCAAAGGAUGCUUCUUGCUCCAUGCCAACCCCAAAUGAGAACGUUCCCCAGAGCUUCUGGGAGAUAUCUGACAGCUGCUUUAAGUAUCCCAUUGUGGAGCAAUACCUGAAGACAAAGAGGGGCACCAAGACCUUAAUCAUCAAGUAUAUAUUUUGUCGUUUGCUUACACUGACAAUUAUUCUCCUGGCUUGCGCCUAUCUGGGUUACUAUAUCAGUCUUUCCUCAGUGACUGAUGAAUUCAUCUGCAACAUCAAACGUGGGAUCUUAAAGAAUGAUACAACUGUUCCAGAAAAGUUUCAAUGCAAAAUGGUUGCUGUCGGCGUCUUCCAGGUGCUCAGUUAUAUCAACUUCUUUGUCUACAUCCUCCUCUUGCCGCUGGUGAUCUAUGCACUGUUGGUGCCAUUGAGGCAAAGUACAGACAUCCUCCAAGUAUAUGAGCUUCUGCCAACAUUUGAUGUUCUCAAAUUCAAAACAAAGAGCUACAACGACUUAAGCCUCUACCUUCUCUUCCUGGAGGAGAAUGUCAGUGAACUGAAAUCUUACAAGUGCCUCAAAGUUCUGGAGAACCUGAAAGGCAAUGGAGAAAAGUUUGAUGCCAUGCAACUCCUGGUGAACCUUGGCUCAAUUAAAACAGACACCGUAGAUCGCAAGGCACCUUCCACCAAAAGCAUUGAUGGAAAGAAAGUUGAAGAAGAAAAAGAAAAGAAUGUAACACAGUUACAGGAUGUGAGCGGGACGACAACACCAGCAGACGGAGGGAAAAAAAGUAAAGAUGAUGGCAAGCUUCGUCAGAGGCUCCUAGAUUCUUCUUGCUAAUGGACACCUUUGGAGUUGUAUUGAUUAGGAGAGUUCUUCCCACAUAAGCCAUAGUGAUCACUUUGAUGGCUUUCAUCUUGCAUAAACAAGAACUAGACAUAAGUUAAUUAUUGUUUACAAGCUUUUUAUAGACCUGUGUUUACAUACCUGUCCACGCUCCCGUCAUUAAAGCAGGUACAAAUAAGUACCCAAAAUGUGGGGACAAAAUGCUACUCUCUGGACCUCAGGGGACUACUCUCCUAAUGCACUCUCCACCUCCUUAUUUUUAUUUGUAUUUUUUUAAAAUAGACUGUCCCACCCCUUGAAGUCUCUAAGGGGCAUAGCACUACCUUUCACAAUUCCUGGGCUUUUUUACAUGUCAUUUUGUUGUGUGCCUUCAAGUUGCUUCCGACUUAUGGCAAACAUCAGAUGAACCUAUCAUGGGGCUUUCUUGUCAAGAGUUGCUCAGAGGAGGUCUACCUUUAUCUUUCUCUGAGGCUUGGAGAGUGUGACCUGCCUAAUAAGGUCAACCAGUGGGUUUCCAUGGCUGAGCAGGCGCUCAAGAGUUGUAGUCUAAUACUCAAACCACUACAGCAUUCUGGCUCACACCCAGAUUUACUUGUGUUUACUAAGGCGGCACGUGCUGUGCCAUAAUUGCCUUCAUGCUCCCUAGAGAUAUGGGUGAAUUUGGGAUUUUACAAAUGCAAAGCAAAAUUUUCUUUCUUAAUUUUGGGGAUGAGGGGCAAUCAAGGACCUCAGAAAUGUUCUUGAGGGCCUAAGAGGAUUCCCAACUCAUGGGUACACUGGUGGACUGCAAGACCUAAAAUAAGGUCUGCGAGAUGUGCGGGGAAAAUCAGCUCUAGAUUAUUAAAUAUGGUUUUCUGUUGGCGAGCAGAUGUUCUGUAUCAGAAACUAGACCUGAUGUGGUCUUUUCAAUGCAAUUUUCUGAAUCAGCACCCCAAAUAACCAAACCGAAUCUAAAGUUGACCGAAAACUGAUUUGUAACCCUUUUGGUACUAAUGUUGGAGAGUGGUCCCUGGUCAAAGUGAUCUUUGGUCAAAGUGGUCCCAGGUCAAAAAAUGAUUGGGAACCACUGCUUUAAAGGCAUUGUAGUAAGAAAGUGAUUUAUUACAGAGAGAGGACUAUGGAGAAAAAGCUAACUUUUUUGUUAAUUGUCAUCAAGCUGGCUUUUACUUAUGGUGAGCUUGUGAAUGAGAGCUACCCUGUAAGUUACCCUGUUACCAACAGUGUGACUUAGCUCUUUAAAACUCGGGGCAGGCAUGGCUUCCUUGAUUGACUCUCUCCCACUGGUCAUGCAGACUUCUUCUCUUCCUACUGCCUCAUUAAGUAUUUUUCUCUUUUUUUAAAGAGUCCUAUCUUGUGAUAUGUCCAUGGUAUGGCAGUUUCAGCAUCAUCACCUUGACUUCUAGGGAGAGAAUUUGGGCUUGAUUUCCAUAGUAUCUGUUGAAAUGUAUUGCCUCCAGAACUUCAUUUCAAAGGAGUUGGUUCUCUUUUGUCAGCCACCUUCAUUGUUCAGUUUUUCAGUAAUUAAGGCACAUGCCAUCUCAUUUCACAAAGUGAAUGAGUUCCUAGGCAUUUGGAAAAUUUGGUACCAAAGUCAAAGAUAGCAUGGAAAGUGCAGGUUCCUUCAUCAUAAAAAAAAAGGGGGGGGGGAGACUAGUUCAACGUGUUUCAGGAAACUAUUUCAGAUAGUUCCAUUGACAUCUAUGAAAGGACCACAGUCAGGACUUGGAAGCAACAAAAUCCUAUUGCUUACUGAACCUAGUAUUAACGAUGAUGUAUCUCCAUUGUGACUACUGGCCAUGGAGCACCAUAAUCAAAAUGGUUAUCCAAUUAUUUGUGUUCUUAUUUGCAUAAAGAUUGUGGUCCCAAAUGGCUCAUGAUAUAUCAAAAUGAGCAUCUUGAAAUAAAACAAUUUUUAAAACCCAAUUAUAAAUAAAUGAUUACCAAUACCCAGAACAUGAAUAGGCAAAAACAUAAGUAGAGCAACAAUUGGUCUAUACAGCUACAUGUAAAAGCAUGCAAGGAAACCGAUUGAAUCAAUGUUUAAAACUAAACAGAAAUAACAAUACUGCCUGGCAUGGGAAUAAAAAUACUUUACCUAA